UCCCCCUAACAACCGCCUACCUCCUUCAGCCCGUUGUACCGCUUUAUGGCGCUAAAAACGUUUCUAUUGGCUAGCGAUCGAGCAGUCCCUUCUCUGGUUGGUUGAAUGUAGAAAGUAGGUGCAGUCCUUUCUCAGCGGUCUUCCGGCUUGCAUUUUGAGAGUGAAAAAAAGAAAAGACGAAUGGAAAAAUUGUAAUCCACAAAACGAGCAUUGCCCAGCAACUCAUCGAUACGAUCAUAAAUAGUUAAAAUGAGCUCCCAGCAAUUCCCCCGACAUGGGCUGCCUGCUUCCAGUGGGGGAGCACCUCAGAUCCCAGCACCUGGAAACCUGGUGCCUGUCAAUCAACCGUCAAGCGCUUCAGGUGGAGGUGGUGGAGAUGCAGACAGCAGUCGGGAUGGUGACCACGGUCAGCAUGAUCAUCCACCUGCCGGUGGUGGGGGAACCUCAACUUUCAGAGAUGAAAAGCAAGAGACCAUGGUGGUCAGACCAUACCCACAAGUACAGACGCAGCUCGGCCAGCCUCCAGCUGCCACCCAAAAUGUGGCCAUUCAGCCCGGCACACCUGCGACCUUACCGACCCCCUCUGUCCAGCUCCCACAGGGCCAGCCUGCAGUGCUUACUGAAAGCCAGAUGAAGGCGGUCUUGAAGUCACCAAUGCCAAGUCGUCUUAUUGCUCCAGCACCAGCUUCCAACCAGGCUCAUAUGCCCAUACCCCCCAAGGUGCCUGGUCACAUAACAGUCACCAUCGAGAGCAGCAUCGCUACCACCCCGUCUAUCCCUGUGGCAACCAUCAGUGGUCAGCAGGGUCACUCAAGCAACGUGCACCUGAUGCCGAACUUUCAGAUCAUCAGGACCCCUGCUGCAGUUCCUCAACAGUCCUUCCCACCACACUUGCCUCGAGGGGCUGCUGCAGCAGCUGUUAUGUCCAGCUCCAAAACUGUCUUGCGGCCAGCCACUGGAGCAAGUGCAGGCACUGCCCAGCCGACAGUGCCACACAUCAUUCACCAGAUUCAGUCCCGAUCUCCUGCAACAACCUCUACAGCUGUCCUCCCAACCGUGGUGGCUCCCAUCUCAGUGACUAGAACUCAAUCUCCAGUUAUCAGCCAGACAGUCUCACACUCUCCAGAGGUGAUACAUGGGCGUCCAGCAAUGACCAUUCACCCCCCUCCACCCGCUGUCAGCAUCCAGAGGCCUCAGGGGACCCGUGACACAGCCACACGGAUCACUUUGCCAUCACACCCUGCAGUCGGAGCUCAGAAGCCCCAGCCUCCGCACACAAUGACACAGAAAUCCAUAUUCAGUAAUGUGACACCAGUAGCUGCAGCAACUGUGGCACCAAUAGUUGCCACGAACACUGUGCCAUCAACAACUACAAUAGGUGCUGUGACACACACCCAAAUGACGAGUAGCACGAUUGUCACCAUGACAAUGGCCUCACACUCUUCUCAUGCUACAGCAGUGACCACCUCCACCAUCCCUGUUGCUAAAGUGGUCCCUCAGCCUAUCGCCCAUUCUUCACCCCGUGUUCAGCCUGACUACCCAGGAGAGAGAGCCAACCUCAUCCCCAUCCCUGGCCACAGGUCUUCUCCCAACCCUGUCACCAUGGAAGCCCGCAGCGACAAUAGACCUUCUGUACCAGUGCAGUUCCAGUAUUUCCUGCCUGCCUACACUUCGUCAUACCCUCUGCCACAUACCUACACCCCUAUUAGCAGCUCUGUGUCCACCAUCCGCCCGUACCCCGUUACUCCUCAAGCUCCGACUUCAGCGUUGCCAGCUCAAGCUGGAGUGGGCGUGGCGACCACUGUGCAAUUGAACCGCAUGCAGCUGAUGGCAGUGGACCGCAUCGGUCUGCCGUCUGCACAGAUCAGCACCCAGGGGAUCCAGCAAGCACCGAUCGCAGCGCAGGGCAUUCAGCCUGCAUCGAUAGGCGUUCAGGGUUUGCACACGUCUGCGUCAAUCACCACACAGGGAAUGCAGCAGGCGCCGGUCACUCAACAGCAGCAGCAACCGCAGUCUGAAGCAAAGCCUGGGGUUGUUUUGGCUGAUGGCUUUGUAGCAAGCCCCAUUAGCAGCACCUUCAGCACGACCCAGCCGGUAGCCACCAUGGUGCAGGCGCACACCCAGGGGGGAGGAGUGGGAGGAGCUCCCACACUGGUCUCCUCCCCAAGACCGAGUAUUCUCCGCAAGAAGCCCGCCAAUGAAACGUGUGUUCGUAAGAACCUGAUCCCCGCCCAGUCUGAAGCCAGUACUGGGAGAAUUGACAGCGGCGUGAGAGGAGCGGGAUCGCCUCGACCCGCUGGAGUGAAGCCCAAAGCUGAGGUGCACAUGGCAGUGGCCCCUCCUGUCAUAGCUACAGUAGAAGCAUUGCCUUCUCAGGGUGGAGAGCAGCAGGCGGUGUCCUCGAACACCCAGCACCUCGCUCAAGCCAUCCCCACCAUGCUGGCUACACCCGGCCCCGUGCCUCCCUCACAGCCCUCCACUGUCCUGUCCUCCUUGCCGGCUGCCAUGGCUGUGACUCCCCCUGUCCCGGCCUCGAUGGCCAACACUGUGGCUUCCCCCACCCAGCCGGCUGCCAGCAGCACUCCAGCAUGUGCCGCGAGCUCUGUCUGCCCAGAUGUGAAAAUCAAGCAGGAAGUGGAGGCGAUGGACACCUCUCAGCCAGAUCCCAACACGAGUAUGUCAGCGGCCCCAGCCCUCACCACACAGACGUCCACCCUGAGCACCCCAGCCACAGGCGAUCUGAUCCCUGGAGCCUCCCCGAGAAAGAAGCCCCGCAAGCAGCAGCAUGUCAUUUCCACAGAGGAGAGCGAGAUGGUCGAGACUAACAGCACGGAUGAGGAGAAGACCCCAGGCAGGCCCAUCACCGGCAGGGCCGAGAGAAGGGAAUCUCCACCAAGGGAGUAUGUCGAUGAAGAAGGAGUGCGCUACGUGCCGGUGAAGCCUCGCCCACCUAUUACACUUUUGCGGCACUAUCGUAACCCCUGGAAAGCUGCUUAUCACCAUUUCCAGAGGUACAGCGACAUCCGGGUCAAAGAAGAGAAGAAGGGCUCCUUGCAGGAUAUGGCCAAUCAGAGAGGAGUGGCAUGCAGAGCACAAGGCUGGAAGAUUCACCUGUGUGCGGCACAGCUCAGGCAGCUGUCGAGUUUGGAGCAUGACGUGUACAGCCGCCUCUCCACCCUUCAGGAGGGUCUGAUUCCAAAGAAGAGGGCCGGCGCAGAUGACGACCUUCACCGAAUUAACGAACUAAUACAGGGUAACAUGCAGCGCUGUAAACUGGUGAUGGACCAGGUGACCGAGGCCAGAGACACCAUGAUGAAAGUGCUCGACCACAAGGAGAAGGUCCUGAAGCUGCUCAACAAGAACGGCACAGUCAAGAAGUCCUCCAAACUGAAGCGCAAAGAACGGGCGUAAGAGCGACCUCCCCAUCUGCCAAGAAACCGCUGCCGUUCCCACCGCCUCUCUCUCCGUGUAGGGGUGAAGGAGCUGCUCAGAGUUUUGGUGCUAUGAUUUGCUGCAUACAAUCACAUGCACCCUCCAUAUCUGUGGGCACAGAGAAGAGCAACAGGACGGCUUCGAGGAACAGGAACUGGUUUUCGUUCAAAACACAGGAACAUUGUAGGUUGUUAGAGUGGCCACUUGAUGGCCACCGUGUUUUGUUUUGCCCCCUUCCCCUUUCUUUUAAUGUAUGAA